AUGGGGUUCGCCAUGGAGACUGAGACGGAUGCCUUGCUGAGCGAGCACAUAGCUGCUGCAAUGAUGCCCAUGUUUGUGGAACAUGGGCUUAUCUCCUUGAAGGCUCUGCGCUUGUGUUUGGAGCAGCGUACAGGCUUGGAUCUCUCGGGUUGCAGAGCACAUAUCCGGUACUUGGCUGAGCGGGUUAUGGAGACGAUUACGUCUAGCAUGGUGGUCGGAUGUGGCUUGGGCCGAUUGUCCGCGGGUAAACUAGCUGAGCUGCGCAAUCCUUACGUUGGCGUUUGGGAGCCUUGCCUGACUCGGGCCAACUGCGAGGUUGGCCGGGCCAGCUUUUCGUUUCAAUGUGAUAGCGACGUUUUGGCGCCAGUUCCUGCUCAGACACUUGCCGGGGACGGAUCCUUUUCCAUUUACUGGGUGACCACUGCGACGAGCGCGAGAAGCCCUGGUGCAGUCAGAGCGGCGUACAGAUCGACAAUGCUUGCUGGGAGCCCCUUUGCCUGGAAUACGGCAUCCAACCUCACACCGGUGGACAGCUGCCUUCGGACAAUGCGGUCGGUGGUGGGGAUGUCUUGA